AUGACCGACUCUGGAGCAGGAAUUGGACAGGAAUGUGCUCAGCAAUUUGCAUUGCAUGGAUGUCGAAAGCUGUUUCUCGUUGAUAUCUCCCUCUCUGGCCUACAGCAGACGAGGGAGAUGCUCGAAAAGGACCAACCACUCGCCCAAGUAGAGCUGUACCAAGGUAAUGUCGCCGAGGAAAGCUCUGUGAAGCGAAUGGUUUCACAGUGUGUCGAACUCUACGGCCGGCUCGACGUAGCGUGCAACAACGCUGGCAUCAGUGGUGGGAGCGCGAGGACGAGCGAUUUGGCCGUCGAGGAUUUUGACCGGCUUUGCUCCGUCAACCAGCUAGGGGUCUUUCUGUGCGAAAAAUACGAGCUCCGUCAGAUGCUGCAGCAAGAUCGAUCCGUCGGCGACCAACGGGGAGCAAUCAUCAACGUCUCCUCCAUCGCCGGCAACUGUAUCAUACCUACCGCGCCUGCAUAUGCCGCCUCAAAGCACGCCGUGGUUGCCCUCAGUCGCUGUGACGCUCUCAAGUAUGCCCAGGACGGGAUCAGGGUCAACUGCGUGUCGCCAAGUGCAGUUUGGACCCCGAUGGUCUCGGACGCCGGCCUUCCGCAGGAGUUCAUUGACAUGGGCGCCGCACAGUCACCGGUGAAGCGUUAUCUGCAGCCUCUCGAAGUGGCGGAAGCAAUCCUCUUCAUAGCGAGUCCCAAAGCUACGGCCAUUAUAGGUGCCAACCUGCCAGUUGACUGUGGCACGCAGCUUCUACGAAGCUUCUACUGA